UAACUUAAAACCCCCCAAUUAGGUUAGUAGGAAACUAGAAUUGAAAAAUGGCCGAGGAAAAUGACAGUUAUCCUCUCCACCAAGCUGUUUUUAAUAACGAUUUGAAAUCCCUGUCCCGCCUCUUGCGCAAACACGAUGUGGGGGCCAAAGACAAGCACGGCAACACGGCCCUGCACCUGGCCGUCAUGUUGGGCCGCAAAGAAUGCGUGCAAUUGCUGCUGAAACACGACGCCCCGGUUAAGGUGAAAAACGGGCUGGGAUGGACGGUCCUGGCCGAGGCUGUGAGCUACGGCAACAGGCCGACGAUCUCGUCGCUGGUGCGCAAGUUCCGGCAGCAGUCGCGCGAGCAGAUGGAGGAGCGGCGCCCCAAUCUGGUCGAGGCGCUGAAUAGGAUUAACGAUUUUUACAUGGAGCUCAAGUGGGAUUUCCAGUCGUGGGUGCCGCUGGUGUCGCGGAUUUUGCCCUCUGAUAUUUGCAAGAUUUACAAAAGUGGGGCCAAUAUUCGGCUCGAUACCACUCUGGUGGAUUUCUCCGAUAUGCGGUGGGAACGCGGCGAUAUUUCGUUUAUUUUUAACGGAAAUGCCGAACCAAAUGAAAGUCUAACCGUCCUUGAUAACAUUUUGAAAGUUUAUCAGAAAGUUCGCUAUGAAGAAAGCGAAAUGGAGAUUGAGGAUGAGGUUGAUUUGUUGAUGUCGACGGAUAUUUUAGCUGCUCAAGUGUCCACGAAAAGUAUUUCGUUUGCGCGUGCGCAAAGUGGCUGGAUUUUUAGAGAGGAUAAGAAGGAAUUGGUUGCGGGACAAUACGAGAGCGAGUUGUACACAGUUAAUGGUCUCAUGUUGGAGAGUCGGAAACGAAGAGAACAUUUAUCGUCGGAUGAUUUACAGAAAAAUAAAGCACUAUUGGAGAGUUUUACCAAAGGCGGCAGCUUGCAGAGCUUCGAUCAAAAUGGCGUUCCGGUCCGCCGCACGAGCCUUAUCCCCCCUCCCGAAAAAAAUGUCACGUGGCAAGAAUACAUAAAUUCGGAGGUGAAUUCUUAUCCUCGCCUUGGCCGCGACCUAGUUUACAAAGAGACAACAAAAGCCUUCAAGGCCACGAUAGCCAUGAGUUCGGACUUUCCCCUCUCGGUGGAAAUGCUACUAAACGUCCUCGAGGUCAUCGCCCCCUUCAAACACUUUUCCAAGCUGCGUGACUUCAUCACAUUCAAACUCCCGACGGGUUUCCCCGUCAAAGUCGAGAUUCCCAUCUUGCCGACAGUGACUGCAAAAAUCACAUUCCAGCAGUUCGAGUUUCGGAACAACAUACCGAAAGAGUUGUUCGAAACUCCCAAAAACUAUAAAGAGGAUCCGACCAGAUUUCCCGAUUUAUGACGUCCUGAAUUGUUGAAUUCGUUCGAAAUAACUUAUACUAAAAAACCAGUGUUCCUCCUGCCGUACGACAGACGUCUCCUGGCCAAGGCGAAGUUUGUCGGUAAAUUAAGAAAAUCAAAGGAGUCGGGAGGGGGGCAGAGCCCCACCGUGUGCGUGGAAGUCCCGAUGCUGUUCACGCUCGGCAGCAUCUACUCGACUAGCUGUCUAGUCUAUCUGGAAUAAAUUUCGAUUCGUUUUCUCUCCAAAAGCAGGGUAUUUGUUUUAUUCUAGGUUUUAACACGGAAAUUUGUUGUGUUUUUCGUUGAAUCGUUGUUACUUGUGUAUUCAUGUUGGAUGUUUAGUGUUUGCCGGCACCGACAUAUCAGGAAAGGAAGAUUUCUACUUAUUUAUUCGUUAGGUCGCAAAUGUCAAUUACAGAACAAGACUAAUUUACCACAGGCUGACGUAUUAUUUAUGCUUACUAAUCAUCGCCAUUACUUGUAUUUAUUACAUUAACAGUAGGUAAUUGUUCCAUUUUCGCAAUAAAAUGUUUAAUUUUGUG